GAGUGACCCACAGUGCAAAAGUAUUAAAAAUGGAACAAUUGUCCCAUAUAUCUCAUCACCGAUUUCAUCAUAUUAUUGGGGAAUAAAUCUGUCUUCGUGUGCAAACUUUAAAUAAUUUACAAUAAAUUUAUUAAAAUAAGCUUUUAAAUUAAAGCCCUGUGUUAUAAAAUCGAAGAGGAAGCGAAAAUCUAGAAAUCGGCAAACAAUGAAUCCUGGCGAAAUAAUUACAACAGAAAUUAAUACAGAAAUUAAAGUAGAAGUACAAUUGGAAACAGCAUCUAUUAUCAAAGUGGAAACAAAGGCCAAAAACAGCAUUGAAAAUUCAGACCCUUCACAUUUAGCAAUAGAAAUGCCGAACAAACAAGAUUGUGAAAAGGAAAAGACUCGAGAAGAAAUCAAAGCUGAACGUGAAGCUAAAAAAUUAGCCAAACAAGCUAAAAAGUCAAAAUCUGGUGGUGUUAGUUCAGCUGAUAAUUCUCCUCAAGUACCCACAAACGCCAAGGCUGAAAAUGUUAAUUCUCCUCAAAUACCCACAAAUGCCAAGGCUGAGAUUGCUAAUAAUGAUGCAUCUCCGAAUUUAGCGGAUGGAAGUGAUAAAACUCGUGAACAAAUUAAGGCAGAGCGUGAAGCUAAAAAAUUGGCUAAGCAGGCAGCAAAGACUACAAAAGCCGGUGGUGGUGGUAUUGCAGCUGUAACUGAACAAUUGAAUCAAGUCAAAAUCAAUGAAACAAAUGCCAAAAAUUCAAGUGAUGCCGUGAAUAGUACCGAUGCUCCUUCUGAAGAUACGAAAAAACCAGCACUAACAAAAGCCGAAAGAAGAGCAAUUCAAGAAGCUCAAAGAGCAGCUAAGGCUCAAGCGCAAACUGCCACACUAUCCAAGGGUAAAUCAGCCGUUGUUAAAACCACACAGGCGGCGGCACCAGCAAAGAAAACCUCUGUCAACACAUCUCUAAAAAUUCCCGUAAAAUCAUCAUCGCCAUCACCGCAAUCGGAAACAAAGUCUGCUAAAAGAGCCACAAGCAAUUCUCCCAUUAAAACUGUACGCUUUAACGAUGGCAAUGUCAAACUUUUCAGUCACUUGGAAAAACCCAAUACAAAUGCUAAUUUAUUUGUCAAUAACACUCACAUACAUCCCAGCAUAGCACGUUUAGGUGAACAAUAUGCCAAGCGUACUGUUGUGGGUUCGAAUGCCAGAUGUAUGGCAUUUUUGAAUGCCAUUAAAAUGGUCAUACAAGAUUACGAGACACCACCUAAAAAAGAGUUCAAUCGUAGUUUAGAAUCGUUUAUAGCCAACUGUGUUGACUAUUUACAAAAAUGUCGUACAUUAGCCGUAUCAGUUAUAAAUGCCCACAAAAGUCUUAAACAAGUUCUAAUGCAGUUACCAAAAGAUGAACCAGAAUCAGAGUUAAAAGAUCGACUUUUUACAUUUAUUGACACUUAUAUUGAAAAUCAAAUUGGCAAAGCUGCUGAGGCGAUUAACUCCAUGAUGCAAAAGAAAAUCAAUAAUGGUGAUGUUAUAUUGACUUUUGGCUGUUCUUCUCUUAUAAAUUACAUCUGCGAAGAAGCUCAAGCCCGUAAGGUCGAUUUUCGUGUCAUUGUGGUUGACUCACGUCCCUUCUGCGAAGGUCAGGAGUUGCUAAGACGUCUCACUGCCAAAGAGAUACCAUGCUCGUAUGUUUUAAUUAAUGCCGUCAGUUUUGUGAUGCCAGAAGUUACAAAAGUUCUGUUGGGAGCCCAUGCUCUCUUGGCCAAUGGUUAUGUUAUGGCUCGUACGGGCACAGCGCAAGUGGCGUUAGUGGCACGUUCGUUUAAUGUUCCCGUUUUAGUAUGCUGUGAGACGCACAAGUUCAGUGAACGUUUCCAGACGGAUGCCAUAGUUUACAAUGAAUUAGGCAAUCCCGAUGAUAUUGUGGUCGACGAUAAGUGUUGUCUUUCGAAUUGGCAGGCCAAACAUAAAAUGUCACCAUUAAAUUUAAAUUACGAUAUAACACCACCCGAACUAGUAACCGCUGUAGUUACAGAAGUCUCCGUGUUACCAUGCACCAGUGUUCCUGUUAUAUUGCGUAUGAAACCAGACUGGCUUGUGUAGUAAGAAUUUAAUAUUUCUUAAUUGAUAAAAUUUGACUUGAUUCCGCUGUAUAAACAAAAUAUGUAAUAUUUUGCAAACAUUUUUAUGUAACUUAUUAAGAAGAUAAGUAUUGUUGAAUAAUAAAGAAACAACAUCGUCUUUAUUAAAA